AUUUUGGCGAAUCGACCUUUUAGUUACUUGGAAGCUGGGGCAUCUUCUGGACCAUCCUUAAUCGGAUGGUCGGAUUGUCUUCAUCUAAGCACUAUCCAGCUGGUAUGGAGCCUGCGUGAGCCUAAUCCAUCUCAAUAAUUAUAUUGCGGGGCAGCAAUGGGCACUUCCUGGAAUGGCGAUUGUCAAGGGCCCAAGCCAGGGCUAGGUGCGAAUUCUGACAUCACAGGAACUGGUGUCGUGCUAAGCUACCUCAUCACUGCCGGGAUCGUGGCCGCCAUUCUUGUGCUGUAUUACCUAUUGGUCUUUGAUCCAGACUCCGAUCCCUUCGAGAACUCGAAACAGGGGCAUCUCCAGAGAGCAUAUCUCCCGAAUCCAGUGGAUAAGCUGAUUAUCUCACAAAGCAUUCGUGCACUGAGAUCGCGGUAUCUCCCUGUAGGGCUUGAUGAGGCAUUUUUAAAGGUCUGUUUCUGCCAGUUUGCCGGUAGCACCCACCCGGUGGCAUAUUUCGUUAAUAGCCUAAAGUGCAUUCUAGCAUUCAGUGACAUGCAACUCUUGACCGGAUUCUCCAUUCUCAUCACUGGGGCCUCACAGCUUCGGGGCGGAUUGUCUACAUUUAACUGGAACGCCGUCAUCAGUCUUGCCUGGUUCUCCGUCAUGACGAAUCUGAUUUGCCUAACGAUAUUACGGAACUAUCUCCAUAACCAUUCAGGCGACCGCGCAUGGCGCAUCUUUUUUGUGGGCGCACUGUGCCUGUUCCUGGUGAUCGGUCUCGGGUUUACUGGUAACUAUAACUGGAUAAACGACAGACAGAUACCCCUGCCUCCUCAUUCCUCUGACAAGGAUUCGAUGUGCGAUAGUCAUGCUUUGAGUGAGGGGUUUCCCCCGGCGAUCGACGACGCUGCCACAUGCUACCUUCUAGCCAAGCCCGAAGCAACGGAGGGCUUUUUAUCGAUGCUUCUUGCGGUGCUUCUAAUCAUCUUCUCGUUCAUCUCUCGGUCUGUCCGACUUUCGCGGUCGAUCUCGGUAAGUUGGCUGGGAAGAUUAAGAAUUGGACUCAGGCUCUGGGUACAUGCCGGCUUGAAGUACGUGCAUGACUGGUCUGAUGCAGCAAAAUCGCCCCGGGGACUCAAGUCCACUCUGUUCUACCUUCCAACAUUGGCGUUGAUCCUGACCGCUCAUCUUCUCGUCGAAGGGUUCACCUCUAUGUUUGCGGAGGUCUAUGAUCCCUUCUCCGAAACCCGUUUCCAAUAGACACUGACAGGAGACAGAUAAUCUGGUUGCUCGUCGCUUUCAUCUGGGGAGUACUCCGUCUUCUUUUCGGUAUCUGGGCAACAG